AUGUCUCAGCUUUAUGUCAGUUUGGCUAGUUUCCUGCAAAUUACGGGGUUUCCCGAGGGUGCCGGUCAAGGGCCACCCGAUGUCAAGCAUCCAGACUGCAGUAUCCCUACGCCAACUCUGCCAACCCUAAAUGUCCUGACUUUUACCGUCAUCGCCACCGUGGCACCGACCAUUGACUCCUGGGGCCAAGUCCUGAAGCACAUUUGUGCCGCACGUCCCGAACCGCCUGUUUCCGGCCUCUCUCUCGAUGCGGAGGGAGGCGCGGUAGCUGGUGCCCUAGGACACGAAAAGGCGAAAUCUAGCGGUGGAGGCCACGAUGGCGCCGGAGGUCAGCCACAGAAUGGAUAUCCAGGCGCAGGCGCGCAAAAGAUUGUCUACGCCAACCAUUUCGAGGGCGAGCCUCUGGGAGAGGAACCGGCAGCGUGGAAAGCGUGGCAGACCGCAAAAGGCGAGAACCUCGAAAUCUUCGUCCCGCUCGACUUUACCGACGAUCACGGAAACCAAAAGUUCGUCUACUACCAGGUCGACUAUAACGGAAGAGCCAUCAAGCUCGACGACUACAACGGAAGAGCCAUCAAGCUCGACGACUACAACGGAAGAGCCAUCAAGCUCGACGACUACAACGGAAGAGCCAUCGAGCUCGACGACUACAACGGAAGAGCCAUCAAGCUCGACCGACACUCACCGGACUCCGGGGUCAGGGCGGUCGACGACUACUUUGUCUAUGCCCUCGUGGCCGACGCCAACGUCACAGAAGCCUCUGCGACUUUCUACCAGCCCAUCCGCUGCAACGAGGCGAAAGAGUACAAUAUGCAGGCUCGGUUGUUGUGGGUGAACGCGGCCUUCAAGGCCGCCUCUUGCGCGAUCAAGGCGAGCUGGUCUGGAUUCGAGGAGCGGGGUUUGACAGCACAGCCCGUGGAGGACGUGACAAUUAUUCUGGAUUUCACCACCACCUGGGAUCCGGAAGACGAGAAUUUUGUGAUUGAGCUAUCUUGUAGCGGGAUAAGGGAAGCGGGGAACAGAUUCAGGUGGCAGACAUAUUUCUUCGCGAGCUAG